GCCGUGCCAGUCACGUGACGUGUCAACUAUGGCUUCCCUCUCGUAGUGAUGGAGGCGCAUCGUUGACAACAAAACCAAACUGUAACUUCACUCACACAUUUUUUGUAUCCACUGAGACAAGCCGGAUUUAGGAUGCAGAAGAUCAAAUCUCUCAUGGCCCGGCAGGGUCUGAAAAGCCCCCAGGAGAGCAUGGCAGACCUCAGUCCUGUGGAGAACCUGAGGAUCCCCAGCAAGGAGGAGUUGCGGGAGCUGAGGGAGCAGCCAAUCGACCCCCAGGCGGAGCAGGAGAUCAUCGACAGCAUCGAGGAGGUCUACUUCUCCAACGACUCCUUCGACAUGGUGCAGCACGAACUGGAGAAACUCCCUCCUGAGCUGAACCUGCAGGAGCUGGAGGAGUACAGAGACAAGCUGAAAAGACAACAAGCAGCGGUUUCCAAAAAGGUCGCCGAUCUCAUUCUGGAGAAACAGCCUGCUUAUGUCAAGGAGCUGGAGCGAGUAACGGCUUUGCAGACUAACCUCCAGUUGGCAGCAGUCAUUUGUACUAAUGCAAGGAGGCAACUGAGCGUAGCGAAGGAGGGAUUCACAGGAGCCAGCCUGGGUCUCUUGGCCAAUCAGAGGAGACGACAACUUCUAACAGGCCUGCUUAAGUCACUAAGGACCAUCAAGACGCUGCAAAGAACAGAUGUAAGACUCAGCGAGAUGCUUGAGGAGGAAGACUAUCCAGGUGCGAUCCAGCUCUGUCUGGAAUGUCAAAAGGCUGCCAGCACCUUCAAACACUACAGCUGCAUCAGCGAAUUGAACUCCAAACUUCAAGACACCCUGGAACAAAUAGAGGAGCAGCUUGAUGUCGCCCUGUCGAAGACUUGUAAGCACUUUGAUGUUUCACACUACACCAAGGUCCAGCUGGCUUACACGCUCCUGGGAAAGACACAGACUGCUAUGGACCAGCUCCACAUGCACUUCACCCAGGCCAUCCACAACACAGUGUUCCAAGUGGUGCUGGGAUAUGUGGAGCUGUGUGCUGGCAACGCUGAUACCAAGUUUCAGAAGAUGCAGUACAAGGACCUGUGCACGCAUAUCACCCUGGACAGCUAUAUUCCCUGCCUGACCGAUCUGUGCAAGGCAUUGUGGGAGGUGAUGCUGAGCUACCACCGCACCAUGCAGUGGCAUGAAGAGCAUGACAAACAGGAUGCCACACCCACUCCAGAUGACGCGGCAGCUUCAGAGUCUGAUAAGUCGGUGGUGGACCGCAGCUACGUGAAGAAGAAGCUGGAGCACGGACUGACACGAAUCUGGCAGGAUGUCCAGUUGAAAGUGAAGGCCUACAUCCUGGGAACGGACAUGUCUAACUUCAAAUACGAUGAUUUCAUAGUGGUACUGGAUGUCAUCAGCAGGUUAAUGCAAGUCGGCGAGGAGUUCUGUGGCAGUAAGUCAGAGGUCCUGCAGGAGUCCAUCAAACGCCAGAGUGUCAACUACUUUAAAAACUAUCACAGGGCACGACUGGAAGAACUGAGGAUGUUUCUGGAAAAUGAGACGUGGGAACUGUGCCCGGUGAAGUCUAACUUUAACAUCGCCCAGCUUCAUGAGUUUAAGUUCAUGGGACAGUGUCGUUCUCCGUCCGUCUCCCCGAGCAGACAGGCCGUGUCCACCACGAGCCCAGCUCAGGAGGAGCUGUCUCUGUUCCAGCAGUACCUUCAGGAGGGAAACCCCUUUGAGAUGCACACUGAGCACAAAGAGGAAGAGACGGAAGAUGUGCUGGCAUCUAACGGGUAUGAGUCAGACGAGCUGGAGAAGAGUGUGUAUCAAGAUUACGACAGCGAUAGUGACGUCCCCGAAGAGCUCAAGCAGGACUACGUUGACGAGCAGACGGGUGAUGUCCCCCUCAAGAGUGUUUCCAGAGAGACCAUAAGAAGCAAGAAAAAGUCUGACUACAACCUGAAUAAAACCAACGCCCCGAUCCUCACCAACACCACCCUCAACGUCAUCCGGCUUGUUGGGAAGUACAUGCAGAUGAUGAAUAUUCUGAAGCCGAUCGCAUUUGAUGUCAUCCACUGUGUCUCACAGCUCUUCGACUACUACCUGUACGCUGUCUACACCUUCUUUGGACGCAAUGACAUGUAUGAGUCAUCGGGUUUGGGCCUUAUCAGCAGCAGACUGAGAACCACGUUGAACAGGAUCCAGGAGAGCCUCAUUGACAUGGAGGCAGUGGGAGAGAACGCAGGAGUGCAUGGCCCAGCAGAGGACAGGAAGGAGAAGGUCCCCAGUCCCCAUCUCAGCCAACUUGUGGUCCUCACUAACAGUGGGACACUGUAUGGACUUGCACAGAGGGUGGUGGCCACUGAGUCUCUUGUGUUUCUGGCUGAACAAUUUGAAUCCCUCCAGUCCCACCUGGACACAAUGAUGCCUGCAGCCAAGAAACCUUUCCUGCAGCAGUUUUACUCCCAGACGGUGUCUACAGCCAGUGAACUUCGGAAACCAAUCUACUGGAUUGUUGCAGCCAAGGCCAUCGACUACGAACAAAUGUUGCUCCUGAUGGCUGGAGUCAAAUGGGACAUUAGGGAGAUAAUGUCACAGCAUAAUGUAUACGUGGACGUGCUGUUAAAGGAGUUUGAGCAAUUUAACAAGCGGCUGGGUGAUGUUUCCAGACAUGUGCGCAUCCCGCUGCCUGUGUCCAACGUCCUGUGGGAGCACUGCAUUCGCCUGGCCAACAGGACUCUUGUAGAAGGCUACGCCAAUGUGAAGAAAUGCAGCAAUGAAGGCCGGGCCUUGAUGCAGCUGGACUUUCAACAGUUCCUCAUGAAGCUGGAGAAGCUGACGGACCUGCGACCCAUUCCUGAUAAAGAGUUUGUGGAGACCUACAUCAAGGCCUAUUACCUGACGGAGAAUGACAUGGAGCAGUUUAUCAAGAAUCACAGGGAGUAUUCCAUGAAGCAGCUAGCCAACUUGGUGAACGUUUGUCUGGGCUCGCAUAUAAACAAGAAGGCUCGUCAGAAACUUCUGGCGGCCAUCGAUGACAUUGAUAGACCCAAGAGAUAGACUGAUGAGCAGAGCAGACUCUGAACGUAUCACCCACGCAGAGAUGGACACUCCGAGCAGAGCUGAAUGUCUUCAUCUUCAGUUUAGGGCAUUCAUGUUGUGGUGUGUUCAAUAAUCCGUGCAGUAAACAGACGUAGAGCUACUGUAUACAUCUAUUUAAAGCUCAUUUGUUAGCCAAAAUGCUAAUUAUCUCAUAUUUUACGGUUCUUAUGUGGUCACAUAUACAAACUGUCACCUCAUGUGAGCCUGAUGAACAUAAAACUUACAUAAAGCAUGCUGCAGUUACUCUAUGCAUACAGUAGAUGUACCGUAAUGCAUGUCAACGCGUUUUCAUUGAGCAAACAUGACGCUUUCUGCAAAUUUCUUUAACCGAAACAAUUUAAAUCAGUGACCAUAUGGAGCAGGUGUUGACUAUGUUCUUCAGACACACAACAUAAAGUAACUGUGUAAUGUGAAGUGUAGCUUGACCAUGUGGGUGUUUUCACCAAAUGUGCUCAAUUUCUAAAACAAUUCCUACCUUGAAAUUAUUUAAAAAAAUAAAAAAAAAGAAUAAGUGAACAUUUAUGAGUUGCUUAAUUUGACGGAUGCGUAAUGUUUUGUUUUAACUGAUACAUCACAAAUACAGACCCAAGAAGAGUCUGUAGUAAUUAUAAACCUCCAUUAUCUCAUACAAAGCUUUUCACAUGAUUGAAUGUGCCCCCUGAUGGAAAUUAUUCCAGCCCAUGUGUUCACUGUACAUUAUUUCCUUUCAGGGUCUUUGUUGUGCCUGACUGGAUGCUCUGCUUUUUGUUUUGUUUUUUGUCCAUGAAUGACAUAAAUCUAAUAUAAAGAUGAUUCUGAAAGUAAUAUAAAUUGCUGUAGUUUGCAUUAACAUGUAGUCUAGCUACACCAGCUGUUUGUUUGUUUCUUUGUUUGCCAUUUGUCAUAUCUGAGGAGAAGAAUAUUUUACGGUCCUGGGGCGAGUUUUUGAAAGUCUUUGUGAAAGGCCUCUUGCUGAGCAGAGAAAUAAAUGUUUAUUUUGAUCUGUUGUGUAAGUUUGUGCAGUCAGGCACUGAUAAUAUGAUGUCUCAUACGUUGGUAGUUGAACUGUGUUAACUACAAGAGCUUUCCUCCAAAGUUUUAAGCCCCCCAACCCUUCAGUCAUCUCCAUUAGUUUCAUCUGACCGGAGCUCCUAAGAGAGCAGAUUGAUUUACUGUUAAAAGAAGAAGAAAAAAUGUAGUUUUUGAUACUGCUUCAUAUUUUGUGUGCAACUAUUCCAAGAAGAAUACUGUAACUGUGAAUGUUUUGAACAAUGUCUGUAUUUAUUUCUUGCUUUGAGUCUUGUUUGGGGUUUUAUAUGAUAAUUGCAGGAUGUGUGCUGUCAUUUGUCACCUCUCAGUAUCUUGAAACUUAUCAUCUGAAGCUAAUGCAAAUAUUUAAACUUUGUCAAAUUCUGUCAAGGGUCAUGUGCACUAUAGUAAAAAUCAGUAAUCAGUGUUGGAACUGUAGGUCGAACCAAAUGAUUCUAACAUAAUAAACACACUAAUUAAGACAGUAA